UGUCUCGCAAUUUGCGACCACGUCCAAAUCCGAAGCUCGUGCGGACAAAGUUGACGACGCCAUUCAAUCCAUUGCAAACCCUAUCACGGCAGUCCAGACCUAUUACCAGACUAACAGUGCAACCAUUGAUGCCGCAAUCAAGGCGCUUGCUGAUGCAUCGCAAGCGACCGACCUUGGACGUGGUCUCGAUGAUUGGAUGGGUACACAAUUGAGAAGGUGCUCACUGGAUUAGAAGGCUUAGCUGCCGCCCAGCCAUUUCCAUUCGUUAAACUUGCUGUCCAGCUCUUCCAUGGUGUCGUCCAGCUGGAGACACAGCGACGGAGCAACAGUGCGAAAGCGAGAGCCUUGAUCCUUCAACUUUCAGACAUGAUGUCAACUCUGCUGCAACUUCACUACGUGAAGGAUCCAACUCUUAAGUCCCUGACUGGAGAGACUGACAUCAAAACGGUGGGGAACCUCGUUGAUCAAUAUCACAAGCACAGCUCGACAUCCAAAUUCUUCUUUAGCGGCAAAUAUCAAACUGAAUUUAAGGCUGCCGGUGAAACAUUGGUGACUCGGAAGCAGGACAUCAUGUUCGCGCUGCAAAUUCACAACACUGUUACCACCGAUGACAUCAGCGUUCAAGUUCGGCAGUCAAACGCAAUGUUAACCCAACUGAUCCGCAUAAUGGAAUAUAAGAGUGUCCAGGAUAAGCGGUGGGAACAGUCGCUUGAGGAUCUUGGAGGACGGAAAAAGGUGCUUGACAGUGAGGAGCUUCUCACUAAGAUUGCGAGUGAAAUCGAGGGAGAGAAGGUGGGAACGGAUGGAAAGGGAGGCGAUAAAGCUGAUACCUCGAAGGAUCAAACGGCACCCGCGAAGGCCAAGAUUGAUCAAAACAACGUUUUGAGCCCUCGCGAGCGUAUGGAGCUCCGACAGCCACUCGAAACAAUUCUCCAAGCCAACUUUCGCCUCAAAUCCUCACUCGCUUGGAUGCCGGUUCAUACCAGAAAAUUCAGCACCCAGAAAUACGGCAAGUCUGGAAAGACAUGGUGCAUCAUUUCUAUUCAACCCUUUUCGGUCUUCUCAUCGGUGUUGACUUUAGGCAUGGCGGCAAGUGUUAAGGCGCGGGACUUCUCCCAGUCCAGUGUCACCCCUGCAGCGAACAGUGUCCUAUCUGCCACCACUGGUUCCCGGCACAAUAUCAACGACAAUCUCAGCCCCAUCGAUGUGGACUUGCCACCGCCUCACUCUGACACCCCCUUCCUGAUUCUUCAAGAUAAAUGGUGCCUCAAAUUUCUAUCAUUCCCUUACGCGAACGCUAUCAUGGAAGCUUUCGACGAUGAUAGUUCGGGUUACAUCCGAAUUUCCGAGGUCAAUGACUUUUGCGAUUCCAUUCCUGAAGGCUGGACGCUCCUCCAAUGGAUAGCUUAUUGGGCCCGAGGCUGGAGACAGGAGAGUUCCAUAUACUCACGGCGGAUCAAUUAUCUUCUCACAGAGAUGCGAGUGGUAUUUUCAGGCGUGAUGCUUGAAAAUAGUCAAUUGGUGCUCUACUACUAUCAUCAAGGAGGCUGGAAGUAUGCUGUUGAACGUUUAACGUAUCCUUUACCACAUGAUGUCUCUAUCAGUUCUGACAGCCCUCUUGACGAGUUGGUAAAACGGCGCAUGGCGCAGAAGGAAGAGAGACUCAGCGCUGCGUUGGAGCGAAUGUUGUAUAUUGUGGAUGCUCCUGAAUCGCUUGCUCUUGUUUGUGGGCCCGGUCGAAUCGAGAAGGAUCUGUUCGCCGUGUUUUAUUUAAUCAUACUCCGUCACUGCCGAAUGGUUGGGAAAGCCAAGGAAUACAUCCUUGAUGAUCGGGAGUUUAUGGAAGCGUCAAGCACACUUUCCAACAUUGGUUCCGCCGUGAAAUCUCGAGUCUCCCAUUUUGCAGACGGUUAUCGCCAGCGGGGCCUUGAUGUAGAGGCACAGUUUGGCAGAUUUUAUGGUGGCAUUUACGAAUAUUUGAAUAAACGUCACUUACCUGAGGGUUAUUCUCUAUUGGAAAUUCCACCUGACCAGCAGACUGAUUUCUGGAGAAUGAUCUGGGAUGAGAAAGCAACCGAUUUCGAAUUGCGAUAUGGCCGCUGGACGGUCGACACCUCUGCAUACGACCUUGCUAACACCGUAUCGCUGGUUCCUGCGCAGGGCGCCAAAAAUAGCAUAAAUCAGACCUUGCACACCCGAGGUGAUGCGGAACCUCAUGAUCAGCUUUCACCCACUGAAAUAGGAGGCGAUACUUUGGCGGAUUACGCGCAGAAUCUUAAGGCCUCAAGUUCAAAUUCAGCAACGCACACAGACACUAUACUGAGCCAUGUAGUGCUCGACGAGGGCUCAAUAAUUACGCAGGCCAUCACUGCUGCCUCUUCAGCUUUCCAACCUGAAUUAGUAAUGAUACCGAUUCCGCCAGCCACAGAUAAAGCAGUGAAGCAGAUCCUCUUGGGUUUAGAAAUUAUAAUCAAAUCAAACAAAUUCCCAUUUUUGAGGGUGGGACUAAUGAAUGCUAUAAAAAUGGUGGUGGGGCGACACGUAAAUGCACUGCGACUUGCUCUGAUAGCUCUCGAGAGUGCCACACCUCUGCUUCAACUGCAAUCCAUAAAAAAUGCGUAUGAUGCGAAUGAGAAUGGAUCCAAUUUCGCUGGAAGAGUCUCAGAUAUCGCGGCCGAACAUGCGAUCGAUGUCAAUUGCCUUGAGAAGGCCAUUGAGCAUCCUGAUACGUCUCCGCAAACUAUAGGGGUCGAGAAAGUCCCGAGUAUUUCCAAAUUCGACAAUGUCUCCGCCCGGCUGAAGCGGCGGAAAGAAGAAUUUGAACUCUGCUUCGCUGUUCACUGCGAGAGAGGGCUUCGACGGUUCAGAGCAGCAGCGACCACUAUUCUGAAGGAUAUCCGCCGGCAACGACACUCGAUCUCUUGGCCUGUGUUGAGAGAAAAACGCCUCUUGCGCUUGGAGUACGUCCGCCUUCGUGCCCAGCAAUAUUUAUUUAGGCAAGCCGAAGUUGUCUGGAAAAUCGGGAUUCCAAUUCCCGACGAAGAUGAAGUCAGGCUUGAACAGUUGAGCGCCGAAAUAGCACCCAAGGAUAAGGGCUUUUGGGAUUCCCUUGCUGUGCUGGAGCGCCGGCGUAUCUUGGCUCACUUGGACAGGCAAUGCGAUGUUUGCCGAACGGUUCCUAUUCGGGGACCACGUUGGCAAUGUCUCUUCUGCAACGAGUUCGAUCUUUGCGCUGAUUGCGAAGCCUCCGGAGUCAGCGACGUUCUUGGAGACAGAGGCUCUCGGCAUUAUAAACACCACCCGUUGAUCAAAGUUGUGCGCCCGGUGGUCGAGAUUGAGCGACAUUGGAAAAUAGGGUUCGAACGCAAUUACUCUCGAUUCAAAGAAGCUGAAAGUGAGGAGUCGGAAGCGAAGUCUCAAGGUCGGUAUCCCGUAUUCUCAAUAUCGCACGUUAAGCUUAUUUCUUCCCCAGUCUGCUUUGUCGCCGGAGAGAUGGAAGCUUCAGUGCAGAACCAAACAAAUGAUGGUGAUGAACACGAUGGGGAGAGCCACGCGGACGAAGUGUCGGAGCAUGAUGAGCAGCCUGUGGCGGGCGAGGAUACUGAUGCCGUCCCCGAUGGCGACGCGGUGCAUGCGGAAAGCGAGUCUGAAGAAGAACUGGCUGAUGGAACUGGCGGUACAACUGAGUACUUUACUGGGCCAGCGAAUACCACUGCUCCCGAAGAAGAUGACAGAAAAUCGGAGGUAGUGGAGAAGUCGGAAUCAUCACCUAGCACAUACGAGUUCGAUUGCUCCGUAUGCGGCAAGACGCUCACGGGUACACGGUUUUUGACAACCUCUGACACUGAUGCGCAACUUAUCUGCUCAGAAUGUGAAGAAACACUGAUGAGGGAGCAUGAAAAAACUGCUUUGCCGGAUUACCUUCGAGUUCUCUUGAAGUUCACCCUUCCCGAAGUGAUCGAUGAAGAGACGGAUGAGGCCACGGAGCAAGAGGUGGUGUACAAUAAGUUGCAUCACACCCUUGAUGAGCAUAUGAAGGUCGUCGAUGACCGCUUGGAAAAGUUGGAGGGUAAGCUGGAACAUAUUAUAUCAUUCUUGGAGUCCCUGCGGAAAUAG